UUGAUUUCUUCACUUCUCCACACUUGAAGAAUUGGUGUCAAUACCAAACCGCACCGGUUGAGCAAUCAAUCGAGAGAGCCCAGCCAUGGAUGCGCUGAAAGCUUCCACCUUUCAGCCAUUUCACUUCGCCGUGAACUCCACAACCCUCCCACCCAUUCAAUUUCACAAACCCAAUUCCCCUUUUCCCUCAAAGCCCCUCCCCUUCUCUCCUCUCCGGACAACUCACUCCAAGGCCGCAAGAUUCAAGCUUUUCACUGCCAUUUCCCCGGACGUCUGGGCAGAGGCGGAAACGGAGGGCGCGUCCCGGGAAGAGAAAUUCGAUUGGUAUGCGCAGUGGUACCCGGUGAUGCCCUUGUGCGAUCUUGACAAGAGGAGGCCGCAUGGGAAGAGGAUUCUUGGGAUUGAUGUGGUGGUGUGGUGGGAUAGGAAUGAAGGGGAGUGGAAAGUUAUGGAUGAUGCUUGCCCUCAUCGGCUGGCUCCUUUGUCUGAAGGGAGGAUUGAUCAGUGGGGCAGGUUGCAGUGUGUGUAUCAUGGCUGGUGUUUCAGUGGCUCUGGUGAUUGUAAGUUCAUCCCUCAAGCCCCCAGAGAUGGCCCUCCGAUUCAUACAUCCAAAAGGGCAUGUGUAGCUGUUUACCCAAGUUGCGUCCAAAAUGACAUUCUUUGGUUUUGGCCAAACUCAGACCCUUUGUAUAAAGACAUAUUUAUGAAGAAAAAGCCAGUUUAUAUCCCUGAACUUGAUGAUCCUUCAUUUACUAAAUCAAUGAUAGCUAGAGAUAUACCAUAUGGGUAUGAAGUUCUGAUUGAAAACCUUAUGGACCCUGCGCAUGUUCAUUAUGCACAUCAUGGCAUAAUGAGAAUUCCACCAACACCAGAAAGUUUAAAGGCCGACAGAGAAGGAGGCAAGCCACUUGAAAUUAGUCUUAUGCAACUAGAUGUAAAUGGAUUCACGGGAAAGCAGCUUUUUGGGGGUAACAUUUUCGCCGCACCUUGUGUGUACUAUGGGUAUUACACUCCUGGGCCAAGUACAACCAGCCAAUCUACUUCGUCACCGAAGGCUACAGAGGAAAAACCCUCAAAUGCAAAAGUGAAACGAGCUUUUUUAGUUUUCUAUUGUGUCCCUGUUAGCCCGGGUAACAGCAGACUAAUAUUUGCCUCACCAAGAAACUUUGCUGUCUGGAUUGACAAAGUAGUGCCACGCUGGAUGUUUCAUAUAGGGCAGAACCUAAUUUUGGACUCAGAUUUAUAUCUUCUUCAUGUGGAGGAACAUAAGCUGAAGGAAAUCGGCCCUUAUAAUUGGCAUAAAUCUUGUUUUGUGCCAACAAAGGCAGAUACACUUGUGGUUGCUUUCCGAAGGUGGUUAAAUAAGUAUGCAGGCGGACAAGUUGAUUGGAGAGGAAAGUUUAGUGGAGCCCUCCCACAAACGCCUCCUAGAGAACAGUUGAUGGACCGGUACUGGAGCCAUACAGUGAAAUGCUCGAGCUGCAACGCAGCAUAUAAAAGUUUGAGCGUGCUUGAGGUCGCGUUGCAAGUAAUUUCCAUUGCUUCGAUUGGAAUCGUAGCUGCAGCUAAACGGGGUUUGAUGUCGGUCGCCACAAGAAAUACUUUGAUCGCCAUGGCGGUGCUGUGCUUUCUGGCUUCGAGGUGGUUAUCUCACUUCACUUACAAAACUUUUCGCUUCCAUGACUACGAUCAUGCUUUUCGUUGAAACUCGGUGCAUUCUUGAUCUUGAACUGAUCAUGGGGAGUUUGUGUGGUGCAACAUGUAAUCAAACUCUAUGGUAUAAUGCAUUUGUUGUUAACAUGUAUUAAAGGUUUUCUUGAUAAUUCUUGUUUUGAUUUGCAUUAAGGCAUGACUUCAAUGAGAAUUUAGAGGCAUUAUAUUGAAGAGAAA